AGCUCUGUUUUGUUGUUGUUGUUGCUGUUGUUGUUGAUGAUGUGAUUGGAGUUGGUGUGUUUCGGAGUUUGGUUUGGAAAUGGUCCGGAGUGUAUCCCGUCGUUUGGAGUUCAAAUUCGAUCGAUAAGAGCUGGUGUUUCGGGUCUAUGGAUUAACUUGCAGUGAUGAUGGCGUGGCUCUCGCUUUCUUAUCUGCUUUCCUUCUUAACCCUCAACCAGAACUGACUCCCAAGAGCUUAGAACCUUAUCUGUGGUAGUCUUACUUCCCAUAUCCUUGCUAAAUAUACUAUUGAUGACUGUUCCCUCCUCCCCCAUGAGCUCUACCACUUCAACGCCACAUGGAAUGUUGCCACCGGCAAGGCUUGGUAGUUAUGAUUCUCCUAUUUCUGGGGCUUCCGGGUCAUUUGCACAGCCUGAACAAGAAUUUAAUGACAGUGAUGAAACGGAGCUACUAUCUGUGUCUUGGAAUCAGGACUAUGGUUGCUUUGCUGCAGGCACGAACCGAGGCUUCCGUAUCUAUAAUUGUGAGCCCUUUAAGGAGACUUUUAGGCGAGAUUUGAAAAGCGGGGGAUUUAAAAUUGUUGAGAUGCUCUUCCGUUGCAACAUUCUAGCUCUCGUUGGUGGUGCUGCUAAUUCCCAGUACCCGCCAAAUAAAGUUCUAAUCUGGGAUGACCAUCAAAGCCGGUGCAUUGGUGAAUUUGCAUUUAGGUCAGAAGUACGUGGUGUGAAACUAAGACGGGAUCGAAUUGUUGUUGUCCUUGAGCACAAGAUAUAUGUACACAAUUUUAUGGACUUGAAGCUGCUCCAUCAAAUUGAAACUGUGGCAAAUCCUAGGGGACUCUGUUGCCUCUCUCAGAAUGUGAAUGCAAUUGUUUUAGCUUGCCCUGGUCUUCGUCGAGGACAGAUUCGGAUCGAGCAUUUUGGACUUCGUAUGACGAAAUUCAUCACUGCACAUGAUUCUCAGGUGGCAUGCUUUACCUUGACAAUGGAUGGGCUGCUUCUUGCAACAGCAAGUGCUAAGGGUACUUUGAUAAGAAUAUUUAACACGAUGGAUGGAACUCGGUUGCAAGAGGUACGUAGAGGAGUGGACAGAGCUGAAAUUUACAGCAUUGCCCUCUCGCCUAAUGUUCAGUGGUUGGCUGUGUCUAGUGAUAAAGGUACUGUCCAUCUAUUUAGUCUCAGAGUCAGAGUAGCAGGCGAGGACUCUCCUGCACAUUCAGAAGUUUCUCAAAGUCCAGCACUAGCGUACCAGAAUUCUUCAACUUCGCUUGAUGCCCUCAUUUCUACAAGCACCGGUGCCAAUCCAGGUUCAUCAUUGUCUUUUAUGAGAGGGGUUUUACCAAAAUAUUUUAGCUCAGAAUGGUCAUUUGCCCAGUUCCACUUACCUGAAGAGACUCAAUUUGUUGCUGCUUUUGGAUCCCAAAAUACUGUAAUAGUAGUUGGCAUGGAUGGGAGUUUCUACAGGUGCAGUUUUGAUCCAGUUAAUGGAGGACAAAUGGUGCAGCGGGAGUAUAAUCGUUUUCUUUCAAGUGAUAGUAAGCCUAGAUAGGUUUGUCAACAACAUUUGAACACGCUCUCUCUAUUUUUGAAUUUUAUGUCUACAAUGUAUAAAGUGUACAUAUAUAUAUGCAA